AUGUUUGCUAGAAACGGGUUUCAACUGGCCACUAAAAGGUUUAUCUUCAAGGGUAGCCCUCGUCGCCAAACUUUGAAGUCGAAUGCUGCACCAAGAGCUUUACUAUAUGCUACCGGUUUACUGGGCGCCAGUGCGGCCUGUUUCUUUCUAAUGGACUCAAGAUCUGCUGUCCAUCAAUAUAUGUUCUGUCCAUUGAUCAGGUUGUUGACUCCCGAUGCAGAAGACGGCCACAAGGUGGGUAUCUGGCUGAUGAAAUGGGGAUUGGCCCCCAGACUAUUCUUUGACAAAGACCCCGAGUCUUUACAUGUGAACGUCUUUGGAAAGACGCUAACCAACCCAAUCGCUUGUGCUGCUGGCUUGGAUAAAGAUGGCGUGGCCGUUGAUGCUAUUUUGGCUACUGGAUUCGGAUACGCUGAGGUCGGUAGUGUUACACCAGAAGCACAACCAGGUAAUCCUAAGCCAAGGUUCUUUAGGCUGCCACAGGAUGAUGCUGUAAUUAACAGAUAUGGAUUCAAUUCGAGUGGGCACAACGCUGUGUAUGAGAAUCUGGCUGAACGUGUGCUUAAAUUUGUGAGAUCCUAUGCUAGUGACAAGGAAACUAUUCAGAACCUUUCUUUGAACAAGGGCAAAUUACUAGCUAUAAAUCUGGGUAAAAACAAGAACGGUGACACCGUGAAGGAUUAUUUGAAAGGUGUGGAAAGAUUUCAAUCUUUAGCCGAUGUGCUGGUAAUCAACGUCUCAUCUCCUAACACACCUGGUUUGAGAAAGCUGCAGGAUUCAUCUACUUUGACUAAUCUUUUAACUCAAGUGGUAGCCAAGAGAGAUUCAUUAGUGAAUAAUGGUAAUGCCUUGGGCCAAUCAGCUCAUAAACCGCCUAUCUUAGUAAAAGUGGCACCUGAUUUGACGAAGACGGAGCUUCAAUCCAUCGUUGAUUCUGCCAAGAAAUCCAAGGUUGACGGUAUAAUUGUCUGCAACACGACCAUUCAAAGACCAAAAUGUUUAAUUACUCAAGAGAAAAGUACUAAAGAUCAAGUUGGCGGUCUAUCGGGUAAACCUUUGAAACCCAUCGCUCUUGAUGCUUUGAGGACAGUUGCCAAAUAUUCUAAAGAUUCUGAUUUAGUUUUAAUCGGAUGUGGUGGUAUCUCAAAUGGUAAAGAUGCCAUUGAGUUUGCCAAAGCAGGUGCCACCUUCGUUCAACUAUAUACCGCUUUUGCGUACGCUGGUCCUGGUUUGGUUGCUAAGAUCAAAGAUGAAGUCGCUGAAGAGUUGAAGAAAGAGGGCAAAACAUGGACAGAAAUAAUUGGCCAGGACAACAAAUGA